AUGUCCCUUGAAGAAUUACUCACUCUGUAUGGGGUGCCCACUUCUGGAUUAAGCAUCCAAAUCCCGUCAACACAAAACAAUAAUCGAGCUAGUCGCGCUAGCCGUGCUUCUCACCGUCGUUCCACAGCUUCCACUUCCCAUUCGGAUAGCGCCACUAUCACCGGGGCCACAGAGAACAAUGUGAUAGGCCCCGUUGACAUGCGCGAUUCGAGGUCACUCUCGCCGACCGUAAAACGAAGUCGGCGCUCUAAUGCAUCUCCAUCACCCGUCACACCGAAUGCAACAGAGACUGUUCCCGAUUCGGAUCAUUCCAUUACUAAGAGAAAAUCUGUUGGUCCGUCAACCGAGCGUACCAAAGAUGGUGGAAAGGAUCAUCCAGUUACCACAGCAGAGGUUCAUGAGUCUGGCAGGACUUCCCGUCGACGUGCUGCAAACGCGCACGGUAACGCGGAAAAAUCAGGAUCACAAGAGUUGAACACUGCACCCACCGAAUCCUGUGCUCCUUUGCUGACAACAAAUGCUACCGCCACAGCGGCAUCCUCGGACGAAUCAUCCAGAUCGGUUCCCGCAACUGUUAGUUUAGAUACUCCUGCAGCGGAACAAAAUCCCGUUUCCAUUGAAUCUAUGCCGGGAUCAGAAAACCCCGAUGUGGAAUGUGAGGAGAGUCGAGAUAGUGUCAGAGAGGAUAGCUAUUCAGCCCGCUUUUGGCAGAGAGCUAUAGGUGGAGGCGAAUCCCCUCCAUCGUAUAACUCCGAUGAGGAUGAGGAUUAUGCACCAAGUGUGGAAAGUGGGCACGAUUGGCGUGGGGAAAUCCAUGUUGGCGAUGAAUACCAGGCGUCAGUACCUCCUUUUAAUGCCCACCCGGGCGAGCUAGUGGACUGGUGGGAUACUCGUCGUUUCGAGAUUGAAUCCAGUUUAUUAUGGCAGCCAGGAAAACUGCCGGAAACAGAUGUGGUCCGAUUUGAACGUUUGUUUGCCCAGACCGUGAUGUUCCCGUUGCCAAGUGAACGAACAGUUGACGAUGAAGAGGUGAGUAUGCACCUUUGA